UGGCGCGCGGCCCGUCAGUGCGGAGCGGUGCUGGGGCGAGCGCGGCGCCCAUUCCUCCCGGCACGGCCUCGCUCUCCUCCCUCCCCUUUCUCCCCUCCCUCCGUUCCCUCCCUCGCCCUUCCCGCUCCUUUCCCCGCAGCGGGGGGGUCUCCCGGCCUCGCUGGAGGCGGCGAUGGGGAUGGCCGGGUUUUUGUCGCUGCGCUGCCCUGCCGUCUGCUGACUCCGCACCGCCCGCGUCCCGCGGACACCCCGCGCCAGAAAACACCAACAAGAAGGAUAAUUUGAAAGGCUCUUGUUCACUUCCACUUCUUGACUGCACUACCAGCAGCCAGGAUGUCGGGGGCUUCAGUGAAGGUGGCUGUUCGGGUCCGGCCUUUCAAUUCCCGAGAAACCAGCAAAGAGUCCAAAUGUAUCAUCCAGAUGCAAGGCAAUUCAACCAGUAUUAUCAACCCAAAGAAUCCUAAGGAAGCACCAAAGUCCUUCAGCUUUGACUACUCUUACUGGUCCCACACAUCGCCUGAAGAUCCCUGCUUUGCAUCUCAGAGCCGUGUGUACAAUGAUAUUGGGAAGGAGAUGCUCCUGCAUGCCUUUGAGGGCUACAAUGUGUGCAUUUUUGCCUAUGGGCAGACUGGAGCUGGGAAAUCCUACACCAUGAUGGGCAAGCAGGAGGAGAGCCAAGCAGGCAUCAUUCCCCAGCUAUGUGAAGAGCUGUUUGAGAAAAUCAAUGACAACAGCAAUGAGGAAAUGUCAUAUUCUGUAGAGGUGAGUUACAUGGAGAUUUACUGUGAGAGAGUCAGAGACUUAUUGAACCCGAAGAACAAAGGGAAUUUGAGGGUGCGAGAGCAUCCUCUCCUUGGACCCUACGUGGAAGAUCUGUCCAAGUUAGCAGUCACAUCUUACACAGACAUUGCAGACCUCAUGGAUGCUGGGAACAAAGCCAGGACUGUGGCAGCCACCAACAUGAAUGAAACCAGCAGUCGCUCUCAUGCUGUGUUUACAAUUGUCUUUACCCAGAAGAAACAUGACACAGAGACUGACCUUUCCACAGAGAAGGUCAGCAAGAUCAGCCUGGUGGAUCUGGCUGGCAGCGAGCGAGCUGACUCCACCGGGGCCAAGGGAACUCGGCUAAAGGAAGGAGCAAAUAUAAACAAGUCUCUCACCACUCUGGGCAAAGUUAUUUCAGCAUUGGCUGAAGUGAGCAAAAAGAAGAAGAAGACAGACUUUAUACCCUACAGGGAUUCUGUACUAACGUGGCUGCUUCGAGAAAAUCUGGGUGGUAACUCCAGAACUGCAAUGGUUGCUGCUCUCAGUCCAGCAGACAUAAACUACGAUGAAACUUUGAGCACUUUGAGGUAUGCUGACCGUGCCAAGCAGAUCAAAUGCAAUGCUGUCAUCAACGAGGAUCCCAACGCCAAGCUGGUGCGGGAGCUGAAGGAGGAGGUGACGAGGCUCAAGGAUCUCCUGCGUGCCCAGGGGCUGGGAGACAUUAUUGACAUUGAUCCAAUGGGAGAUGAAUACUCUGGAAGUGGAGUCAAAUAUCUGAAAGAUUUUCAGAACAAUAAGCAUAGAUACUUGCUAGCCUCCGAGAAUCAACGUCCUGGCAAUUUUUCCACAGCCUCCAUGGGGUCUCUCACUGCAUCUCCAUCCUCCUGCUCUCUCAGUAGUCAGGUGGGCUUAACAUCUGUGUCCAGUAUACAGGAAAGAAUCAUGUCAACACCUGGAGGGGAAGAGGCCAUUGAACGUUUGAAGGAAUCUGAGAAGAUCAUUGCAGAACUGAAUGAAACAUGGGAAGAGAAACUGAGGAAAACAGAGGCCAUUAGGAUGGAAAGGGAGGCAUUGUUGGCAGAAAUGGGAGUUGCCAUUCGGGAAGAUGGAGGAACACUGGGAGUCUUCUCACCCAAAAAGACUCCUCAUCUUGUAAACCUUAAUGAAGAUCCACUCAUGUCUGAGUGUCUGCUGUACUACAUCAAAGAUGGCAUUACAAGGGUGGGGCAGGCGGACGCCGAGCGGCGGCAGGACAUUGUUCUCAGCGGGGCUCACAUCAAGGAGGAGCACUGCGUCUUCCGCAGCGAGAGGAGCAACAGCGGCGAAGUUAUUGUUACUUUGGAGCCUUGUGAACGAUCAGAAACCUACGUGAAUGGCAAAAGGGUUGUGCAGCCUGUGCAGCUGCGCUCAGGAAACCGCAUCAUCAUGGGUAAAAAUCAUGUCUUCAGAUUCAACCACCCAGAGCAAGCACGAGCGGAAAGAGAGAAAACCCCAUCAGCUGAGACUCCCUCAGAGCCAGUGGACUGGACAUUUGCUCAGAGGGAGCUUUUGGAGAAGCAGGGCAUUGACAUGAAGCAAGAGAUGGAGAAAAGAUUACAAGAAAUGGAGAUCUUAUAUAAGAAGGAGAAGGAGGAAGCUGAUCUCUUGUUGGAGCAGCAAAGACUGGACUAUGAGAGCAAACUGCAGGCCCUCCAGAAGCAGGUAGAGACACGGUCCUUGGCAGCUGAAACAACAGAGGAGGAGGAGGAGGAGGAGGAGGAAGAAGUGCCCUGGACACGCCAUGAGUACGAGCUGGCCCAGUGGGCUUUCAGGAAGUGGAAAUUCCACCAGUUCACUUCACUGAGGGACCAGCUCUGGGGAAAUGCAGUCUAUCUGAAGGAAGCCAAUGCAAUCAGUGUAGAGUUAAAGAAAAAGGUGCAGUUCCAGUUCGUGCUGCUCACAGACACGCUGUACUCGCCGCUGCCGCCGGAGCUGCUGCCGCUGCCUGAGCCAGACAAGAGCCGCGAGCGCCGGCCCUUCCCCCGCACUGUGGUGGCCGUGGAGGUGCAGGACCUCAAGAAUGGAGCAACACAUUACUGGUCCUUGGAAAAACUCAAGCAGAGGCUGGAGCUGAUGCGGGAGAUGUACGACCGGGCGGGGGACGUGGCCUCCGGCAGCCAGGAGGAGCCCGAGGGCUCCAUGACGGGCAGUGACCCCUUCUACGACCGCUUCCACUGGUUCAAGCUCGUGGGCAGCUCCCCCAUAUUCCAUGGCUGCGUCAACGAGCGCCUGGCCGAUCGCACGCCCUCCCCCACUUUCUCCACGGCUGACUCCGACAUCACUGAGCUGGCAGAUGAGCAGCAGGAUGAGAUGGAGGACUUUGAUGAUGAGGCCUUUGUGGAUGACACUGGCUCCGACGUUGGCACUGAGGAGGGAUCUGACCUCUUCAAUGAUGGGCGCGACCCGUUUUACGACCGAUCCCCCUGGUUCAUUUUAGUGGGAAGAGCGUUCGUGUACCUGAGCAACCUGCUGUACCCAGUGCCCCUGAUCCAUAGGGUGGCCGUGGUCAGCGAGAAGGGCGAGGUGCGCGGCUUCCUGCGCGUGGCGGUUCAGGCCAUAGCAGCUGAUGAAGAAGCCCCAGAUUAUGGAUCUGGUAUUCGACAGUCUGGGACAGCUAAAAUUUCAUUUGACAAUGAGUAUUUUGAUAAGAAUGAUUUCUCUUCGGUUGCAAUGACUCGGUCUGGACUGUCACUGGAGGAGUUAAGAAUUGUGGAAGGGCAAGGACAGAAUUCAGAGGUUACCACUCCUCCAGAGGAGAUCAACAGAAUGAAUGAGCUGGAUUUGAAGUCAGCCACUUUGGAUGGAAAGAUGACUAUGGAGGGAUUCACUGAGGAGAUUGGUGAUCACCUGAAGCUGGGCAGUGUGUUUACCUUCCGUGUGACAGUGCUCCAGGCCAGUGGCAUCCUGCCCGAAUACGCAGAUAUUUUCUGCCAGUUCAACUUUUUACACCGACAUGAUGAAGCUUUCUCCACAGAACCUCUCAAAAACAAUGGCAGAGGGACUCCCCUUGGGUUUUACCAUGUUCAGAAUAUUGCUGUGGAAGUGACAGAAUCAUUUGUGGAGUACAUCAAAGCAAAGCCUAUUGUCUUUGAAGUCUUUGGACAUUAUCAGCAGCAUCCUCUCCACCUGCAGGGACAGGAUCUCAACAGCCCUCCACAGCCUUCUCGAAGAUUCUUCCCUCCCCCUAUGCCACUGUCCAAGCCAGUGCCAGCUACGAAGCUGAACACUAUGAGCAAGCCCAGUUUAGGCCAGAGUGUGAGCAAAUAUGACCUCCUGGUGUGGUUUGAGAUCAGUGAACUGGAGCCAACAGGGGAGUACAUCCCUGCCAUCGUGGAUCACACUGGGGGCCUGCCCUGCCAGGGCACCUUCCUGCUGCACCAGGGAAUCCAGCGCAGAAUCACAGUGACCAUCAUCCAUGAGAAGGGCAGUGAGCUGCACUGGAAAGAUGUGCGAGAGCUGGUGGUUGGGCGUAUAAGAAAUAAAGCAGAGGUGGAUGAAGCUGCUGUGGAUGCCAUUCUGUCUUUGAAUAUUAUCUCUGCAAAAUACCUGAAGUCCUCUCACAGCUCCAACAGGACUUUCUACCGGUUCGAGGCAGUUUGGGACAGUUCCUUGCACAACUCCCUCCUCCUCAAUCGAGUGACACCCUAUGGGGAGAAGAUAUACAUGACCCUUUCUGCCUACCUGGAGCUGGACCACUGCAUCCAGCCUGCUGUGAUCACCAAGGACGUGUGCAUGGUGUUCUACUCGCGGGACGCCCGGAUCUCCCCGCCGCGCUCGCUGCGCAGCCUCUUCGGCAGCGGCUACUGCAGAUCCCCGGACUCCAAUCGAGUAACUGGGAUCUAUGAACUGAGUUUAUGCAAAAUGGCAGACACAGGAAGCCCAGGAAUGCAGAGGAGGAGGAGGAAAGUCCUGGAUACUUCUGUGGCAUAUGUGAGGGGAGAAGAGAACCUGGCAGGUUGGAGGCCCAGGGGUGACAGCCUUAUUCUAGAGCAUCAGUGGGAACUGGAGAAACUGGAGCUGCUGCAUGAGGUGGAAAAAACCCGACACUUUCUUCUGCUUCGUGAGAAGCUUGGUGACAGCAUUCCCAAGUCCUUGAGUGACUCACUGUCUCCCAGCCUGAGCAGUGGCACCCUGAGCACCUCCACCAGCAUCUCCUCUCAGAUUUCCAGCACCACCUUUGAGAGCGCGGUGACGCCCAGCGAGAGCAGCGGCUACGACUCGGCCGACAUCGAGAGCCUGGUGGACAGGGAGAAGGAACUGGCCACCAAGUGUCUGCAGCUUCUUACUCAUACCUUCAAUCGGGAAUUCAACCAGGUGUACAACAGCAUCAGUGAUUGUAAGCUCUCGGAUAUUUCUCCCAUCGGGCGGGACCCGUCUGUGUCCAGUUUCAGCAGUGCCACCCUCACCCCGUCCUCCACCUGCCCUUCUCUGGUGGAUUCCAGGUGCAAUUCAGUUGAUCAGAAGACACCAGAAGCGAAUUCUCGUGCCUCCAGUCCCUGUCAUGAGGUAGAACAGUUCCAGAUAAUUCCUGCAGUAGAAACUUCCUACCUUGCCAGAGCUGGAAAGAACGAGUUCCUAAACCUGGUUCCUGACAUUGAGGAAAUCAGACCAGGCUCUGUGGUGUCAAAGAAAGGAUAUCUCCACUUCAAGGAGCCACUCUCCAGCUCCUGGGCCAAGCACUUUGUGGUGGUUCGCCGUCCCUAUGUUUUUAUUUACAACAGUGACAAAGAUCCUGUAGAAAGAGGAAUCAUAAACUUAUCCACAGCUCAGGUGGAAUACAGUGAGGAUCAGCAGGCAAUGGUGAAGACACCCAACACGUUCGGGGUGUGCACAAAGCACCGUGGGGUCCUGCUGCAGGCCAUCAAUGACAAGGACAUGAACGACUGGCUCUACGCCUUCAACCCGCUCCUGGCCGGCACCAUUCGGUCAAAGCUGGCUCGAAGGCGCACAGGCCAGAUGAAGUACUGAGUCCAUGCAGUGUUCUCAUCUGUUCUGCCCUCACCUCCCAUAGAUAGUGUUUCCUCUCAUCUCUCUUUGUGAUUCUUGAUGGUUUCUCUUGUAUGUAAUCCUGUGGCUUAACAUUCCCCACCUGCCCCACUCCUUCAGCACAUUUUCUAGUAUCCUAACCCUACCUUGUUUCUUUUCACCUGUACCAGAAUUGUACUAGUAGCAUGUGGCCAAACAAAAAGAGAAAAAAAAAAAAAAAAACCUCAAAAAACUCGAGUGAUUAUGCACGACUCUAAAAAGAAAAAAAAAAAAAAUUUUUUUCCUAUAACAAUUGUUUUCCCAUUUCAACUGACCUGUUGGUGUCUGUCCCACUGUCCACUGUCUGUCUAGACUGCUACAGGGUUUUCAUUCAAUUUGUGACUUGGCAGUGGUCAUUGGUUCCCUCAGGGCAAAGUUCCAAUGCCAGGGAAAGAUAAAUUGUUUAAUGGAGAUAUUACCCAGCCAGGAACUACAAUAGCUCUUCAGGCUUUCUGGAUCCAGCCUCCAAGUUAAACUCUGUUGAAAGCUGAUAUUGGACAAAUCUAUCUGGGCAGACUGGAUUUUGGACUUUGUGCAAGUUUCUGAGUUUCCAGGGUGCAGCAGGCUAAGGCAUGAGCUAGAAAAAUGUUAGGGACCAAAGCAGGAGGGGCUGGCUAGAACAAUCUGCCUUUAAACUCUUGCUGUGGGGGUUGCAGGUGAACAGUGCUUGGGUUUCACUCUUUCCCAGAAGAGUUUCCAUCAACCCUGUCUCCUCAGCCUCUCAGCUGAGCUGAGCAGACUGUGCUGAUAUGAGGGGAAAUAGACCACAGACUGAAAUAUGAGAUAAAAUCCCCAAAAUUUCAGAUGCUCCACCUGUGUAUUUGACAGAUGGAGAGUGUUAAAUGAAAAUGAAAGUGCAGUUGGUCCCUGGAUCACCAUGGAGGGCAGAUCCCCUCUUCCUCCUUUUAGUGCUGGCUCCCAGGUUCUGCAGGAACAGUUCUCACCUCUCUGGGAGGAGGCUCAGGGCUCCAUGGCUGUGUCAGGGUAGCAGCUCUGCAGCUUCGUUCCCAGGGGCUGUUUGUGCAUCCCUUACCUGAAAUGCUCCCACAUCACCCGCCUGUCCAUGGAACAGCACCUGCAGCGUUCUCCAGGGAACUGCAGGACACUUUCAAUUCCUUUUGAAAGAACUGAUGAGUGUCUCCUCAUUUCUCUGCUGCAGUUUUCAUCAGCUAAACCCCACUGUCUUGAGAGUUAAUCCUUACUGAGCAAUAGAGCAAGUGGAUUCUGAUCCUGUUCUUGACCUACAGUGUAAGUUGUUCUUGUGGCCAAAGCUUUGGUCCUUGCCCAAGAAAGAAGAGCAGAAUGAAUUUCCUUUUGGGGAAGUGAACUCCUCUCUCAGUCAGAUGUUAGGGAGGUUGAGGGUGUGUGUCCUUUACUGCUGGGUUAUCCUUUCUGCUGUGCCUUGGGCACUGCUGGGGCUGGCUGUGAUCCUGGCAGAGUUCUGGAUUCCAUGGAGGCUGCAGCUCCUUUGGGUUCAGGCCACGCGUGUGUGGGACUGGAAUCUGCUGGGACAGGGCUUUGCUUUGUGGGGCUGCAAUCUGCAGGAGAGGGCAGGGCACAGUGGGGCCUCCAACAGCCUGCAGGGCAAGGGAGCAGGGAGAGGGAGUCUGGCACUUGCUAGGACAGAUCUUCACAUAUUCAAGGUAGUUCUCAAGCUGAAUCAUGUGCUCAUGCUGUCUCUUUGGUCCUCAGAUUUAUUCCAGAACUGGAAGCCAGAGUGAGGGAGCAUCCUGGGGACCCAGGAACAUGAUAGGGAUGGGUUUUUUUGGGUUUUUUUUUCCUUCUUUUUUUGUCUUGUUUAACUGUGUGUGACUCUUAAUACAGUGAUGAUAUUCCUUUGUUAUGCAAUGAUGAUAAAGCACUUCCAGUGUGUGGAUAAAACUGCUUGUCCUGCAGGAGGGCUCCUCACACUCAGCUAAGCUGAUCUCAAGAAUUAGAUUAAUUCUGAGCAUUAAGUUAUUGCUACCAUCACCACUGUUUAUAUUGACAGUGGAACCUGUUUGAGGAGACGGAGUGAUUGAGGUGUUGGUAGGCUGUGACACACUGAGAGCAUUUUAACUUUCAUCUGUUUCCUUUUUUUAACUAGAAGUAAGCUAGUUUUCUAAGUCUUUGCUUUGGAUAAGCCAGAGAAUGAACCAAGUGGAUAUAGGCAUUGCACAAAAUCAUGAUUAAGUGAUCUUCCUUUAAAAGCAGGAAGAGACAGAUGCAUAUUUUAUACAGAGCUUGAAGUGUUACAGUUGUUGCAUAAAUGUCACUCUUCUUUCUUAAAACUCCAAGCAACUUCUGGUGACGAGGUCUGAGUGGAUAAUGGAUCAUCAGAAGAGCAAAAAUCUGGUUUUAAGCAUCAGCAUCUCUUAAAGCUGCAUAAUCUGUGGCAAACUAGUUCCUCGUUGUGUGGAGUGCAAAUGGGCAUUACUGUUUUCAGGUCUGACAUAAAGGCACACUAAGUUUUUUCUGCAAUUACUGAAGCCUGUUUUGAGACAUUUGGGUUUCCCUACCUGAAACUGGACUGAAACCAAUCCAAGUUGUCUUUAAGGAGAUAACAAACCAAACAAAUAAACAAACAAAAAAAGUGAAUUUCCAUUCACUUCAAAGCUUAGCCAAAUAACUUAGCAGAUUUUUCCUUCCUCACUCUGUUUCAAAAAAGAAAUUUCUAAGUUGGCUUCUCGUGACACCCCAGUGCCCAUCCUUGGUUACCUGCUGUGUGUGGGGGUCCCAGGGUCAGACAGCUCUGGGGACUCGGCUCUGCAGAGGAGGAUCUGCAAGGGCCUCCCAGCCCAUGGGGACACACUGCAGGGAGCUGGGGGCAUUCCCUGGGAAGGAAGUGGCAAACUGGGCUGUAUUUGGGGUUUUAUGUUGCUUGCCAGAAGGAAGGAAGGAGAAAACUGUCCUUUUUGUCCAUUGCAAAUUAUGUUGGAUCUUCCUGGGUAUUUUAAAAUUAAGCUAAACCUCCUUUACUGUGUUUUAGAAAUGCACUUUAAGUACCUUUUUAAAGAAGAUUCCUGUACUUUCGGAAUACAGAAGAGAAGGGAGUGCUAUUUCCAGAGAGUUUGAUUUCCAGACUGCUGAGGAAAGGUUUUUUGGUCAAUGUCUAAUAGUCCUUAUUACUGAUUAGCAUGGCCUUUCAAAGCAAAGACCUUACUUUUUGCUGCUUGUUACCUAAUUUACAGGGAUUUAAUUUUAUGUAAUGUAUUGUAUAUUUAUACAUCUGUAAUUAAUUGCACAUUAGGUAAGAAAGAGGAUUAGCUUUGGUCUAACACCCACUGGUACUGAGCUGUGGUGCUGCACACCUGCUGGGGUUGCUGAAGAUGCAGCUGCUGGGGAGGAAGGUCCUGCUGCUGCUGGGAAGGUUUGCUGGCUGUCCCCAUGCAGGGCCUGACGUGUGCAUCUCUCUGUUGUAGUUACUCACCCGGUCUGUGCUCUGGCUCAGUGUCUGUAGCAGGAUGUAUUAACUUCGUGCUUCCUUGUUUAAAAACAUCAGCUGUUCAAGAACAGGACUGACUUUUGUUCAGAAGGCCAUUUAUGUGUUCUGUGUAUUUGAAAUCAAAACUAGUCCAACACUAACCAGAUGAUUGUGUCCAAUGUUAUUUGGAACAGGAUUUAAAUUGCUGGGAUCAGCUGUGUAUUCAGAAGCCUGGGGUGGAGCUCCUAAGUCUUCAGUUCUUAAUGUUGCAGGUGAAUGGGCUGCCCCUGAGCAGUGCUGAAUUGACCUCUUGCUUGCCUGGAAACCAGGGACUGGAAGCAGAGGGAGUCUUGAAUGAUCAGCACUUCCCAGGACCAGGUCUGAAUUUUCCACUUUGCUUGUUCAUACUUCAUGUGCAGUUGGUUAUGGCUCCCGAAUUUGGACAUCAGACAUGCUCUUCACUGGAAUACAUCCCCUGGAAUUGUGGUCCCCGUGCCCUGUUAAUCUCUGUACACAAGAGAAAUGCUGGAUAAGUGGCCUUCUUGAACAAAUCUCUGCAAACUGAUUUCAUCCCAGCAAAGGAGUGUAUCAGCAACACUGUACAUUAAUUUCAGGUUUUCAUUUUCUUAUUUUAUUUUGUAAAUAUAUCGGGUAUUUGGAGCUUGAGUAUACAAAAUGUAAAUAUAGUUCAUGUAUUUGUACUAAUUCUGAUCCAUUUGCUGUAUAGCCUUAGGUGUGCAAUGCAGAUAUCUAACUGUGUAUGGUAACCUUGCACCACUGAAUUGUUAGUGAACGAGGUGAAACAAUAAAGGUACAACCAGUGCAUUAGCAGAUAGAA